AUGGUACAUGGCGGUUCCGAUAGCAACAAGGGCAAAAGCAAGAAGUGGCGCAAGAUCCUCCAGUUCCCGCACAUAUCGCAAUGUUUAGAUAUAAAAACAAAAAUAGAUGUAGGCUACGAGUACGUGGUGGACCAGCAGCCGAUCGGCAAGCUGUUGUUCCGGCAGUUCUGCGAACGCACGCGGCCACAGUAUCACAAGUACAAUGGAUUCCUCGAUGCCGUGGAACGGUACGAGGUGGGGCUGGAGGAGACGCGGGUGGCGCUCGCCGCGGAGGUGUUCGGCAGGUACCUGAAGCCCGAGGGAGGCGAGGCUGUUACCGAUGUGGUUAUACCAACGGUCGUCGAUGACGCCAGCUCACUGCUUGAAGGCGGAUCUAAAGACAUAUUCGGCGAGUGCGUGCGCUGUGUGAAGAGUUUUCUCGCAGGCGCACCGUUCGCGGAGUUCGAACGCUCGAUGUACUUCCACCGCUAUUUGCAAUGGAAGUGGCUAGAGGCGCAGCCGGUCACACAACACACGUUCCGAAUGUAUCGAGUGCUGGGUAAAGGCGGCUUCGGCGAGGUCUGUGCGUGCCAGGUGCGAGCGACAGGCAAGAUGUACGCGUGCAAGAAGUUAGAAAAGAAGAGAAUAAAGAAGCGUAAAGGAGAAGCGAUGGUGUUGAUUGAGAAACAAAUCCUGCAGCGAAUAAACUCACGUUUUGUCGUUAACUUGGCGUAUGCAUACGAGACUAAAGACGCGCUUUGUUUGGUGCUCACUAUUAUGAACGGUGGAGACCUAAAGUUCCAUAUCUACAAUAUGUGCGGCGCUGACACUGGCCUAGGUCUGGAACGCGCGAGGUUCUACGCCGCCCAGGUCGCCUGCGGUCUAGAACAUCUGCACAAAAUGGGGAUAGUCUACAGAGACUGCAAGCCGGAGAACAUAUUGCUGGAUGAUGCUGGUCACGUGCGUAUCUCAGACCUCGGUCUCGCCGUCGACGUGCCCGAGGGUGGCACUGUACGCGGCCGCGUCGGCACUGUCGGAUACAUGGCGCCUGAGGUGAUAGACAACGAGCGGUACACGUUCAGCCCGGACUGGUUCUCCUUCGGGUGUUUGGUGUACGAGAUGAUAGAAGGUCGUGCGCCAUUCCGCGCGCGUAAAGAGAAGGUCAAGCGCGAGGAGGUCGACAGGAGAGUCAAAGUAACUACCACGUUAUGCCCUCAAAAGAAGAUACCUCCCCGACUUCGUCCAAUCCCAGUGCCGGAGCAUCUCCUCAACUCGCAGACGAACGCGCACGCGAACAGCUGAUAGUACUCACCGACAGCGCACUCCACUGUACACACUGUACACACACUACACACUAAGGGUCACCCUCAAGAUAAUCUCUCAUGAAGUUACAUAACAAUUAGGGGGUUAACAAUAAAAUAUUUUUACGGUACCCCUUAUGAGGUUAUCGUAGAUUUUUGACGAUCAAAACCUCAUAAGGGACUUGAACCCCCUGAAAUAUUUGGGGGUCAUAACGCCAUACGUUUGAAUUCUCAAAAUUCCUAAGGGGGUUAUAAGUCUGAAAUAGUUUUCAGAGUUCAAACCUCAUAAAGGGCUUGAACCCCCUAAAAUCUUUGGAGGUCAUAACCCCUUAAAAGGUUCUAAUACCUAAAAAAUCUCAGGGGGUCAUUCGCCUAAAAUGUUUUUGGGAGUUCAAGUCUCUUACUGGGUCUGGACCCCCAGAAAUCUUUGGGGGUCAUAGCCUUUUAAUAUUUUGAUGUUUACAAUGUUUUAGUAUUGUUUUAUACCAGUAUAAAUUACUGUAAACACCAAAGUAAGACCAUGGUGUUAAGGUGGCAUAAUAAUGUCAUUGAAAUUACGUUUUGACUAUUGUUUGGAUUUUAAAUGGAUAUACAGUUUGAAACAAAUGUUUGUCAAAUUAACUGCACUCAAAGUCGCCACUAAGGGAUACUCUUAGUGUAGAUUUAGUACUACAUAAGUACGCUAAGGCGAUGUUUAACCACUUUGAGUGUAGUUAAUAGACAAAUAUCUGUAACGAUUUAGCAAAAUAUUCCUUUUACAAUAAAUAGUUUUAAUAAAAUACUCACGCACAAAUAUUAUUUGAGGGUAAACAGUGAAUUAGUCGAAAUAACUAGGCUUUCAGUUUCAUGAACAAAUUAGUUUAAAAGCUUUACAGACUACGAUUAAAAAUACUAUGAAAAUCCUUGUUAGUAAGAUGUUUUUUGUGAUAAAUUAAAUUUUUGCUUAUAAUUAUUUCCAUUGUACGUACAAUCAGGGAAGUUGACGGUGUACCUUAAAUUCGUUUGAACAUUUUUACGCAUUUAAAUACGGAAAAAUAACCAAUAGAAUGCUUUUAAAGUCUGUCAUCAUCUAUAUGUCCCCACCGAGGGGCUCGGAGCCUACCCUAAUAAGGGGUGACUAGGCCAUAGUUAACCUGCACUGCGGGU